CGGAGUUGUAUGAAAAGGGAGUUGAAAGGAGGGGCGAUUCUCGCUUCUCCGAAUGGCGACGCGAAUCAUGGCUCUCAGUUCCUUCUCCUCCCUCUGGAAUGCAACUCCAAAAUUUACUCCACCUAUAUCCCUUAAUUUUCCUCAGUAUUCAUCAAUUCACCAUCACCAUUACCAUCACAACGACGAACUUGGGCUCUAUGAUUGCUCAAGAUCUAGGGUUUUGAGUUCACUGAAAUGGACGGUUAAAUCAGAGAGAUGUAGGAGAGGGCAUUUCGCCAAAUGUGUUAGUGCGAUUCAAGACACUGAUUGUGAUGCUGAUGAUGAGGUUUACAUGAGGAGGUCUUUGGAGAUUGCAAGGAAGGCUGUUGGCCACACAAGCCCAAAUCCCAUGGUGGGAUGUGUAAUUGUUAAAAAUGGGAAGAUUGUUGGCGAAGGCUUUCAUCCUAAAGCAGGUCAACCUCAUGCUGAGGUAUUUGCUCUGCGAGAAGCUGGGGAUUUGGCAGAAAAUGCGACAGCAUAUGUUAGUUUAGAGCCAUGCAAUCACCAUGGAAGAACUCCGCCGUGCACGGAGGCUCUAAUAAAAGCCAAAGUGAAAAGGGUGGUGAUUGGUAUGGUGGAUCCAAAUCCUAUUGUUGCUUCCAAAGGUGUCCAACGACUCAGAGAUGCAGGAAUUGAUGUGACUGUGAGGAUGGAAGAAGAUUCUUGCAAGAUGCUUAAUGAAGCUUAUAUUCAUCAAAUCUUGACUGGGAAGCCUCUUCUUACUUUGAGGUACUCCCUCUCUGUAAAUGGCUGCUUUAUAGAUCAGGUUGGGGAAGGAGCUGCAGACGCUGGUGGCUACUAUUCACAACUACUGCAAGAAUAUAAUGCUGUUCUAAUUUCUCCUACCUCAUCAUCUGGGGAAUUUGAAAUUCCUGCAUCCAAAGAACUUGGAGCCAAGCAGCCCCUUUGGAUCAUUCUACCGAGUCCUGAUGGUUCGAUCAACAUUCCUCGCAUCACAGAUGCAACUACGGAAGUAGUAAUCUUAACCGACAAAGAAGCGACUGUGGCCGAGAAGGGGAUUGAAACGGUAGUUGUGGAUCAGUUAAGUUUGGGGAACAUUCUAGAUUACUGCAAGAACCAAGGACUAAACAGUGUGUUGUGGGACGUGAGAGGAGAGUUGGGAGUUCAUGAAGAACUUCUAAAGGAGGGUAUUGAGCAGAAAUUGUUGCAGAAGUAUGUUGUGGAAAUGUUGCCACAAUGGAAGGAGAGCCGAAGUGGGAGGUGGGAAGCUUGGUUCAAGAGUAUGGGUGAAAGUCUGAAGUUGAAGAGUUUGCAGCCCAGGAUUUGUGGGGAGAGUGUUAUUUUGGAAGGGAAUUUCUAACAAAUAUUGGCCAUUGAAGUUCAAUAAAGGUGAGGGUAUUGAACUUUUUAUGUUCUCCACAACACAGCACAGCACAGCACUGCACUCCUUUGGUGUUUAAUCAAGACAAUGAAGGUGGUGCAUUUCCCAUUCUUCUUAAUUAAUCUUAAUCAUUGAUUAUAGAGCAAAUUUUGGGGAGAUUAUUCCCUGAUUUAGUUGCAUAAA